CCCGGAUAUAAAAACAGGUCACUCAUUUUAUAUCUAAGGAUGAUAUAAAAGAGAAUGCAGAACAGUAACUUGGAUGACUUGAACCAGUCAAGCCAAAGUGGACACUCAUCAUCAAGAUGGAAUCUGGCAUCCCCAAAAGGUUUCAGCAAGUCAUUGCUCUCUUCAGAAAAGUACAGAGAUUUAAUGAGAGGCAGCACUAACUUGUUAGAGAAUGGGCAAAGCCUCUCUUCCAAGCUACAGGCAUUUAUAGGCAACAACUCACCACUUGCAAGCAGUUCUGCUCUGGGACCUUCAAGCCCAACAGAAGUUAUACAGAGUGCUGGAUUACACAUGGGCUCUGGACAACAACUGAAAAACAAUUCUCUGCAACAAGUCACUCAGGCACUAGAAAGACAGGAACAAAUUAACCAUGUCAACGCACAACUGUCAAAGCUGAACUAUUUGGUUAAUAUAGCCAACUUCAGAAAACAUAAACAGGUUGAGAUGUCUGUGCAAGAAGGACAGAGGCAGCUCCAGAGGCUCAACUCCACCAUGCAUGACCAAGCAGCAACUAUAGAGGAGCUGAACAACUCUUUGAGUGAGCUUUCAGUUGAAAUGGAACAACAGCGUAAUGUUUGUAAAAGACUUACAGGUUCCCUAGAUUCACAACGCCAUCUUUUGGACACAUCAUUACUUGAGACACGUCGUGAGAUGGGGCACCAACAUGCUUUGCUUGCUAAACAGCAGCGUUUCUUGGAUAAACUUAUUCAACAGAAAUUACGUCAGGACUUUCUAGUCGAUGGUGGCUUAAUAGUUACCGCCAUCUAUCUUAGCAAUACAAUACUAGUCAACUACCCGCUACAACUUCUGCUCAGUGUCAUUCCUAAGCAAAAACAGAAAUUGUGGGUGCAUCAAUUGGGCAAACUGAUAUUCAUCAUCAAGAUGGUGAUGUUUCUCCGAUAUUGUUCUAUAAGAUGUGGUCUCCAUAAUAGUGUUGGUUGUACAGUAGGCUAUGGACAAGAAGCUUUAAGAUUGGCUGCUCAAAGAAUCCGACAUUUGGUGAGCAUGGCAACCAGACUGUUUCAAUCCAGAAAAGAUUCAAAGUUGGAUAUCUGCUAACUAAGUGCAUCCUCGACUUUCCAGGUGGUAUCCAUAUUGGAUCUACAAAUACUUAUUUUCUGCCCUGAUGGGGUGGUGUCAAAAUCUCAGAGCUGUGGAAAAAUGUUCAUUUCAUUAUGGUUACACAACCCCCUUCCCCUAUUUGAAAAAGUUUUAAAACAUGAACUCUCUUUUCAUUCAACUUUUUAGAAAAACAUUCUUCUUUCAAUGAAAUCUUUCCCAUCUCCCCUGAAAUUAACUUUAUUUUUUCUCAGCUGAUGACAUUUGAAUACGACCCCUUGCUAUUUGGUGCAUCAAAUGGGAAGAUUUAUCCCAAUCAAAUCAGUCAGAAGUAUCCAAAUAUUUGUGUAACCACCAGUCAUACUUAUAGAUUAUACUUAUGAUAUUUUAUUGGGUUUCUAUUGAGAGAACCCCUGGACAGAUAUUUGUCCUACAAAAUUAUCUCAGGGAUUAGUCACAUGAUAUUUUUGGUUUGAAGAUACGAGUGUUGUCCCAUAAGUCUU